UCAAGAUUCAUGGUCGUCGUGAGCAAAAGAUCUGUCUGCGACAGUUGCUUUUUUUUUCUGCAAGUGCAAUUACAAGGGAUGGCAUUGUAGAUGUAGUCGGGAUCGGGAAAAAAAGAAUGCCAAUAAAUCAAGAAAAGGAAGCUAGUUCGUAAAGAAUAUUGGCAUCGAGGAGCCGUUUCUUGUUUCACACAGAACUUCUUCUUGGUAUCAGUCACUGUUGCAGCUGCUGUCUUUCAUUCAGACUUAACUCUAACAAGUCAUAAAGAAUGGCGACAGCUUCCCGUGUGGUCGAUGCGGUCACGUCCGAUGAGGGGACUGCGCCGAUGAAUAAUCCCGUGGAGAGUCUGAAGCAAGGCGCCCUCCUUGCCGACAUGCGAACCCUGGUGCAGGAACUCGGGUAAGUGAUGAAGUUAUGACACUCGUGGCUUCGAUGAAGGCCUCGCUUGAUUUUUUCGUCCUCGUAGUACCCUUCUGGUUUUCUUGGCUGUGUUACUGUUGAUUCCAACAACUCCCUAGAUUGUUCCUUCGAGUUCGCAUCGUGUGCAACGCGACUGUUCGAACAUGCAGAUGUGAUAGUGGAUGUGGAUGGAUGGUAAUCGUAAUUUAUUUACAACCAGGACCCACGCUCCUGCGAACGAGAUUGACGAAGCGCACCUGAUCGACAUGAAAGUGCCUUACCUGAUCAAGGGACGGAAGAUGUGUCUGCAGAAGGCCUUCAUCGCCUGGUGGGUGGCGAAGGAGCACCACGGGCCCAACCGGCCGACCAUGAACCAGCUCCAGGAACUAUACAACUCGGUGACGCAAGAGGUGCGAACCCGCGUGGAAACCAGCGUGGGCGCCAUGCGGGGUGAAAUCGAAGAAAUCGUGGAGAACGUGGCUCUGCUAUCCACAGUGAUGAAAGUAUCGUACUAAGUAGGAGCAACUGGAUUACAAAUUUGCUCAGCAUGAGAAAAAAAAAUUGUUGGACUUUGUCAUGCUGAUUGAGCAGAUGAUGGUAAUGCAUAGGACUAGGAGCUGCGAAAUAUAACUACAACGACUUCUACGUACGAUACUUGUUUUGCGAUGCAUACCUGCGCAUGGAACAGGCCCAGUCCGUCGUGGAGAUGGCUAUCUCGAACCAACUCAGCCAACGCGUCCGGAGAAAAAUCACCUUUCACGCAUGGGUACUAUGUAGUUGUGCUUGUGUUUGAAGAUUGUGCCGAAACAAAAUUAAAGGGAAAUCUGUUCGUCACAUUGUUCAGAUGAAAUGUUGCUAGAGAAGAUGAAGUUCAAGUGCACAAAAAGAACGCUCGCGUUUGCACCUGCUAUGAAACUCUAUGUACUUAUCUUCAAAUUCGCACUCUCAGCUCAACGUCGUCCACCGUCGCGUGGAGCUGCAGGAUUUGGGGAAGCGUGCGGGCGUCUUUGUCGGUGAUCAGGUCGCGAAGCACAAAAAGCCGACCCUGCUGAAGCUCGCGUUUCGGGAGUGGCAGCGCAAUGGACGGCUGGAGAAGUACAAAAACUCUGACUUGCAGAGCACCAACAACGCGUUUAAUAUCUCCUCCAUUCUGCCGAAGAACUUCUACCAGCACAAGGUAUGGGAUUCUCAAAUGUUACAUUCUCAACUGUUACAGGAAUUUGUAAUGCGAGAAAAGUACAGGUGAGCGUGAGGGAGAACCCUGCGCGUCGUGCAUUACAGAUUUGGUGCGGAUUCUAGUGCUAUUUAGCUCUCAGCGAAUUUGUCAUGCGAAGCAGCUUGGUCGUCUAGUGGCUCGUCGUCAUUUUCCAUGACAAAGUCAUGUAACAGUUGAGAGUGUAACGUUUGAGAACGCCAUACAAGGAAAACAACGGAUACGUCAUCGGGGACGGCGGCUAUGGGAGCGUGGAGGUAUCAAGUGCAAAAAUGUCUGGGUCUGGACACUCAAACUUGUAAUGCUGUGUUGGUAAUUAUAGUGAACGCUCUGUAAUGCACAGCCGAGCAUGAGAAAUAUCUGCGCUUCUUUGUGUUGCGUUUUUCGCAUGAGAAACUGCGUUUUUGCAUGACAGGCAAAACUAGGGUCUCUUCUUGGACACGCAUCACAAACUUUUUUGUCAUGCCAGACAAGCAUGACAUCUUCCAGACCCAGACAUUUUUGCAAUCCAUAGGAGGAUUGCCUAGACGACAUGGAGGACAUGCAGCGGCACCACGAGCGAAUCCUGGUGAAAACCCUCCGCACGUACCGAGACCAAAUGUCGUCGCUCAAGCAAGCGUUUCAAGCCGCGCAGCAAGAGGUAUCUAUAUCUGGUAGUUCGACUUGUGAUCAUGUUGUUCUCGUUUUUCCACUUGCGUUCCACUUCACAAUGAAUUCGUACGAUCCACACCCGCUUGCUACAACAGGAGAAUGGUAUGUAUGAUCCACACGACAGGCACAGGCCGCCGCCUCGCGGGGCGGGCGCAGCGGUGGGGGCAGCCUGGCACAGCAGCUGCGUUCAGUCGAAGGCGUUUACGAUGCCGCCGAGCGGGCGCAGGAAAAUCCUGUCUAUGCGCGGGAGCAGAGCAUGGAGUUUCGGCUGGAGCGGUUGGUGACGUAUGCGCGCAGGCUCUUGCAGGAAAACGACUUGCUCACCUCCAAGAUGCAGCUGGUGACCAAGCAGCGAGACCGGGUGCUUGCGCUGCGGAUGAUGGGUGCGACAUCGUCUAGCGGCCUACGGGGCAUGAGCAGUGUGAUGUCGGAGGGUGCCACGGAUCUGCAGACCGCGGGCGGGGCCGGCGGGGAUGCGAGCAAGCUGCGUGAGACAACGGGGCCAGUGCUGGACGAACUGGUCAUUCGGGAGAAACUGGCGGUCAUCGAGAACGAGCGCGACGCCCUGAAGCUCGAGAACGCCGAGCUGAAGAGCAACGCGCUGAAGCAGAAAUCGGAGUACCAGUUGCAGUUUUUGCAGGCAAUGCAAAAGCUGAUCGACAGCAAAAGCCAAUUGGGGGAGGAGGAUAAUCCGGUGUUUAAGCACGCGGACGCGCUGAUCCGGGAGCUGGGCAUGGCCAGCGGGGUGGCGAGCCAAAUCGGCUUGGAUUCCUCCGUGCCGGAAAUGUGAGGUAGGACAUGACGACUCACCUUAUCUGAUCAGGGUUAGGGUUUCUUUAUGGUUUAUAAAAUCUGGCUAUGGCUGCAACAUGGCUUCUCAAGUACAAGUUUAGAUUUUCAUGGCAAAUGAUGUGAAUGUCACCUACACUUCUAAGUAGCAGAUCUAUGAUGUAUCUCAAUUACUACACACGAUGAAUAAAUCACAAAAAUUUUGUUUUUACUCUUUCGCAUGAUUGUACUCUUACUCUUUCAUCUGAAGCACAAGAACUUUCGAAGAAACACAAAGCAUACAUUACAAAGGAGGGCGAUUUCAGACAAAGGCCCUCUUUAUCUUGAUUAUACACACUUUGGCAUCUUCUGGGUUUUAUUUGGUUGCACAGGACGAGACAUGGUCCGUUGUUGCGGUGCGUCGAACGAAAUGAGAAUUGCCGUCACCAUCAGCCCGACAUCGACACCGCGUACAUUGUAGAUUAUUUGGCUGGGAAGACGUUGGUCUUGAGCAUGCACUAACAUUAACAUGUACAAAAGCAAGACAGGAGCUCCUCUUCACACAAUCCUCGCCAAAGUUGUAGCGUAUGGCUUCACGCCUAGGCUAACUGCUGUGGGAAAUGUCGCUGUGCCCGCUUUCUUCGCGUUCAGCUACAUGACCCAGUCCUCGUCCGGAGGUGUUUUUUGUUUGCGGUCGUCUAUUCUUGAUUCCCGCGAGCUCGCAGCCACUUGGUCUUUCCUUUUCCGAUGUAAUAGGUUAGCACACUUUCAAUUUCAUAGCACCCACAUGCACGACACUGGUGUGAAGAUGAUUGUCGAAGUGCUGCACCACCAGGAUAAGCAGGACAAGGUCGCGCUGCUGUUUCUUCGCUGCUUUUCAGAUCAUCGAGAUCGACAUGGAGAUCGAAUG